CUCCACCAUCCGUUUUUCCCGACGCCACCUCCUGAUCUAAUCGCGUCUCGAAUAUCUCCGCCGAUCAUCUUAUCAUCCUUGUUCGUUCGAGCCCCUUAAGACGGCCCCUCAACACGCGACGACAUGGCCAACAGUUCGGACAAGAUCUCCAUUACUAUCUGUGGAGAUGGAGGAUGCGGAAAAUCAUCCAUCACCCUGCGUUUGGUGCGCAGCCAAUGGAUUCAUGAAUAUGACCCGACCAUCGAGGACUCGUACUCGGUCACCCGGACGAUCGACGGCCUCCCGUACUUCCUAUCCAUCACCGACACCGCCGGCCAAGAAGAAUACCGCGGGUUAUGGACGACAUCGACGUUGAAAUCGGACGCCUUCCUCCUCGUCUACGAUAUCACCAACCCAGACAGCCUGGGGGCACUGGACUAUUUCAUGGAGCUCAUCGACAUGGAGGCCGACCAGCGGGAGGAGGACAACGAACGGCUCCUCCGCGAGCUGGGGCCCAGCGCGCAGGGAGUCGAUGUGGGGAUGCCGCCGCCGGUCAAGAUCGUGGCGGGGAACAAGUGCGACCUGAAGCAGGGGCGGGCGGUGGGCGCGCGCGACGGACUGGAGUACGCGCGACGACACGGGUGCGGGUUCAUGGAGACGAGUGCGCGGGAGAUGGUGAAUAUCGAGGAAACCUUUGCCCACUUGGUCCGUCGGGUUGUGGAGGCCCGUCGGGUCCAUUAUCAGCAGACGACUCCACCACCCGUAAAGGAAGAAGCAUCGGGUAUGCCAAGCCUGAGCGCCUCACCACAGCCGGAGACCGCAACGAGCAAACCCCGAGGGCGUCGGUCGAUAUCCGUGUGUCUGUGUGGGGCGUGGAGGGGACGAACACAAGCCGGGGGGGGCAAGGACGGGCCGAAAGGGAGGUUCUGGAGGGGCUGGAGAGGGUCGCGUCGAUGAUCCGGUAGGGCCAUGCUUGUCUUUUAUAUAAUAUACCCAAUCUACCGUGCUAUGAUACAUAUGUAUAUAUGUAUACUCUUGAGACCGACAUCCAAAGGUAGACUGUAUUUCGGGGCUGUACGGGGUUGGCUUUUACGCGAUCCGAUGUACUUUUCCGGCGUUCACCGUUCUCGAGCUGAGAUCCGGGAAGCUAUCCAUGAAUAGGGCAAGUCCAGAAGCAACGCGAUGAAGCAAUCCUGACGUGGAAAGCGAUCAUCAAACCGGGAUAUCGAACCAUCUAGUGGCUAGUGGUUCCGUCCAAGCUUUCAGGAACGGCCGUCACGCAGAUAAGCUUGUGGACAAGUCAGUCGGAUUCAGGGUCCGCGUCGUCAUGAGACGAUCGAGCCCUG